AUGACAAUUCUAAAGAAAUUGGAAACAAAAAACAUUCGCGAUUUUAACCUCAAAAAAAAACGUAGAUAUUUUUCAAGUUUAAUUUCCGAGCCCAAAAACAAAUAAUAGAAUACUGGUAUAAAUAAUAUAUAAAAAUGACAACAAAGAAAAUUACAAACAAAUUAUACUACUUUCCGCGUCCGGAUAAAUGGACGACUGGAGCCGGUCCAGAAUUACCAGAGGCGUACAGAAAAUUCUGGCAUGAAUGGAGAGUCCAACAACCGGCUCCCGUUCAUUAUAUUCCUGAAGAAGGAAAAUAUAAAUUUGAUGAGCUCUUAGGUCUUCCAGUGCCAGUACAAAAUGUCCCAAUAAAGCUACUUUACCCAAAAGAAUUAGAUGAAGGAAUAUGGGGUGGAGAGGCCGUUGUACAAGGGUUUAGAAAAAAAGCAGAGGAUAAAAAGCGUGUUGCUAGAUUUUGGGUUCCACGAUUAAUAAAAUCGGUUGUAUACAGCGAAGUAUUAGAUAAACAUAUGAAAACGGUGGUAACUUAUCGUACUCUUGAAUUAAUUCAGGCUCACUAUGGUUUCGAUCAUUAUCUACUUAAGACGCCAGCCUGUGAUUUGAGAUCAUUGUUGGCACUGAGACUUAAACGUCAUAUUUUAACUGCGUUGGCGGACAAAACUUUGUAUCCAGAUGAUCCUGUUAAACGUGAAGAGGUUUACAACACAUACAAAGAAUAUUUGACUGCUUAUACAAGAGAAGAAAUUGAAUGGUACGGACUCUCAUGGGACGAAGCAAUGAAAAAGCAUCUUAAUAAGAAACGCAGCGAAAUUGUAGUCGAGCCUUUGAAAGUAAAAUAUCGAUCGGAAUUAAUCGCAAAAUUGAAAGAAGCGCAAAUUUCCGAGGCCAAAGACGUCGAAGUCGAGCAACCGGAAAACAAAUCGUGGCUCAACAAAGUUAACCCCUUUUCUAAGACCCCCAAGGCUUAA